AUGGCCCCUCCAAACGCUGAAUCCCUUGCCCAAGGAAAACUCGAUCUGAAACAACUCGCUCGUGAAAAGGGUCGUUAUCUCGUUUAUCCGGAGACCAAGUAUCCUGAGCUCGCUGAAUUCGAACACGUCGAUCCUGGCCACCGAGCUGAUCCCAAGAAGGCUUCUUUGUACGAUAACGCCGAGAUAAUCUUUGACUUGACUCCUCAGAUUGGCACGGAAAUCCACGGCUUGCAGCUUAACAGGCUUACUGAUCGACAAAAGGAUGACUUGGCACUUUUGGUUGCUGAGCGCGGUGUCGUUUUCUUCCGCAAGCAGGACAUCAACGUGCAUGAAGCAAUCGAGUUGGGAAAACACUAUGGACCUUUGCACAUCCACAACACUUUCGGACACCCCAAGGGUUUGCCAGAAAUACAUGUUGUGUACUUUGAUACCAAGACACCUAAACAGUUUUUUAACUACCGCAGUGCCGGUAAUGGCUGGCAUAGUGAUGUUUCUUACGAAAAGCAACCUCCAGGAUUGACCGUGCUUAAGAUUGACUUGCUUCCAGCGGUGGGUGGAGAUACAAUGUGGAACUCACAAUACACGGCAUACGACCGCCUCUCCCCUCAAAUGAAGAAGUUUGUUGAAGGCUUGGAAGCCGUCCACACUGGUCAGAUGCAAGUUGACGAGGCAAACAAGGCCGGACACGCUGUACGUCGCGAAACACACGAGACCGUGCAUCCAGUUGUGCGUACCCAUCCUGUUACAAAGUGGAAAGCGUUAUACGUGCAACCUGGCUUCACCAAGCGCAUUGUUGGUUUCACUCGCCGUGAAUCAGACGCAAUCCUCAACUUCCUUUACAAUCACAUUGAAUCUGGUCAUGACUUUCAAGUUCGCUUCAAAUGGGAAGAAGACAGCGUUGCUGUGUGGGAUAACCGGGUUACCUCUCACAAUGCUAUCUUUGAUUAUCUCGACGUUGGUAGUCGACAUGGCUUCCGCGUUACUCCUCAAGCAGAGAAACCAUAUUUCGAUGCCAACAGCAAAUCCAAACACGAAGACGAUCUUGAAAAGGCUCAGCAAGGAAAGUAA